UGUGUCAUCAUGUGAUUGAGAUAAUUCUUAUUAGUGCACACUAAUAAACUAACAAAAAUAAUGGGGGCUAAUAAAAAAGUGUGAAGAGAGACUGAGCCGCCAUGACUCACAACCAGCGGAGGACUCACUGGUGGAAGGAAGGGAUCAUCGGUAUGAGUGUUGGAGUGCUGUAUGGGACCACUAGUGUAGCUGUGGGGCAUCCAUUCGACACCAUCAAGACUAAAAUGCAAGCACAGUCUGGAUACGAAUCUAAGAACAUGUUUAGAUCGUUUGUUACCACGGUACAAGAGCAAGGCUUAAGAGGACUGUAUAAAGGAUGUAUACCACCAUUACUGGGAUCUGGAAUAUUUCGAUCUGCUCAAUUUGCUGUAUUUGAAGCGUGUUAUACAGCAAUGGACGUUCCAUAUGGUAAAACUGAAAUACCAUUUACACAUGGUCUACAAGUACGUGUUGUGGCAGGAGGCAUCAUAUCAGCAUCAGCGAGAGCUGUUAUAGAGACGCCAUUGGAGUAUAUGAAAGUGAGAGGACAGCUUCGCCAGAGCUGGAGACUGAGAGAUGUCUAUACUGGGUUUGGUGUGACUUGGUUUAGGACACUCGGGCUAAUGACAACCUAUUUUAUACUGGUUGACUCGGCUAGACGUCACGCUCCUCACUUGUUCUCUACUAGUGUGGUUGGGCCAUUCUUAUUGUCUGGUGUGGCUGCCACUAUUGCAUGGUGGGUGGUCUGGCCACUGGAGUACAUGAAGUCUCAGGUACAGGGCAGCUAUGGUAAAGGUGACCUCAGUGUAUUCCAGCGUAUGAGGGGCGUGGUCCGUGACAAGGGUGGUGUGCUAGCGUUGUACCGUGGACUAGGACCUGGGACCAUCCGCAGCUUUGUGGCUAAUGGCUGCAGUAUGAUUGUCAUGCAAGCAGCUCAGAGAAAAGUGUCAGAAUGGGGACUCAGGGGUUAACCUUAGGGGUUAUUUAUUUUUUGUGAAAUUUCAUCAUUUUG